AUGGCUGGUGAGGAUAGUUUUAUAGUGUUGGUUCACCACAUAGGAUCGAUUAAGAGAAAAACUCGGUCAGGUGUCAAGUUCACCGAUAAGGAUCCUCUCUGUAUUAUCGUGAGUUCUACGACGAGCUAUGAUGACCAUGCUAGGUCUGUACUGCAGAAACUUGGUCUGGAUGGUGUUAAACGGGUUAAGAAGUUUUUCUAUCGCAUUCAAAUCACGUUGCUCCAAGAUACCGUGAAGUAUGAUUGUUUCACGAUCGGGAGUGAUGAGGACUUGCAGGUCACAUUUCUUUGUCGCCGGCAAUUUCCCAAAGUGCGGACACCGGAGCUGUUGGCAAAGCUGGUUGAUGUGGUGUCCAGCUCGGGGGGUUCGAACCGGAAUACCAACACUUUAGCGACAGUUGCCGGUUCUAGCUCAAGACCUACCGUUGCAUCUUCCUCAGUCCCUGCGUACGAGAUAUCCGCCCCGCCUGUCGCCUCCCCUUCGUUCGCUGUUGAUCUCAACGGCAAUGUUGGCGACGAGGUUGGAACAGCGAAACUUGUACCUACCUCUGUACACUGUGCUGCACCGGUUGGGGCUGGAGAUGGAUUGUUUGAUGAUGUAGAGGACGAUGAUGUCGAGCCGGAUAUGAUUGCUGAUGAUAGUGGCGAUGAUAUCGGAGCGAGUGAGCUUGCCAGUGCCGGUGAUGGCUCUAGCUCUGGCACACAGCAGUACCCUCCACAUUUUUCAUCUUUGGACCUAGAUGCCAUGAGGCAGCCGGAGGUACUUGGGGAGGCUGCAGGAUUUGGCGCUAGAGAUGCAGAAGGGUCAGCUGGUAUGACAGAGUUUCAGGUUGGUCAGCAAUUUCAGGAUAAGGAGGAUGCCCUGUUAAAUGUGAAGACUUACAGCAUCCGCCGAGGUGUACAGUACAAGGUUGUGGAGUCUGAUUAUCGCCGUUACGUUGGCAAGUGUUCUGAGUUCGGGAAUGGGUGCACAUGGUUGAUUCGGCUGAGUCUCCGGCAGCGCAAGAGCAUAUGGGAGGUCAAACGGUACAAUGGACCGCAUACUUGUGUCGCCAGCUCUAUCUCCAGCGAUCACAGGAGUUUGGAUUAUCAUGUGAUAUUGGCAUUCAUUAUGCCAAUUGUUAGAGCUGAUGCAUCUGUUAGCAUCAAGGUGCUCCUAAAUGCGACUGUCUCGCACUAUGGGUUCAGGCCGACCUACAGGAGGGUCUGA